GUUUACCACAGUGCCGCCGGUAGUGUUGUUGGUCUUAUUCCUCGUACAGUAACUUCAUUUGGGGAGAAAGGGAGGUAUAAAGAGUAGCUAUUGAUAUUCGUACAGCAGAAAGCUGAGUACAAGGUGCUUAGUACGCCUCGACUAUCCUUUCGUGACUAUGAUAUUGUUGUGUACUUUAGCGGUGAAGCCGGUGUGCCAAUACUAACUAAUGACAUUUUGGUGCAUGAUAUUACUCCUGCGCGAACUCCUGUGGUGGCUGAGCAACGUAUUGGAGGCCGGGGCAGCUGUGGAUACAGUGCUCUGAGGCUCUAUGUUCAGGUUUAAUGCAAACAGCCAACAGGAGCAGACGGGAGCUGAUUUGGCUUUCUUGGCACUUACCCAAUUGAGGCAAUAUGGAUUCCAGUAGGACUCUUGGUAUGACAUCAGCCAUCAGCUUAGCCAAGCCAAAGGCAUCAGACUUAGAACAUACCAGGGAGCUGGAAGAGUAUCUCAAGAAGGCUGGUAUGUUCGAGGAGGAUUCUGAGCUUAAUCACAGGUUUGAAGUUCUUGGGAAGCUAAAUACGCUGGUGAGAAACUGGAUUAGAGAUGUCAGCAUAAAUGUCAAGAAUAUGCCUCCCCAGAUUGCUGACACAGUAGGGGGCAAGAUCUGCACCUUUGGUUCCUAUCGACUUGGAGUGGCUGGCAAAGGGGCAGAUAUUGAUGCAUUGUGUGUUGCUCCGAGACAUAUCGAACGCACUGACUACUUUUCCAGCUUCUAUGAACUUCUCAAGGAACAACCAGAGGUCACAGAAAUGAGGGCUGUGGAAGAAGCAUACGUUCCUGUUAUCAAGAUGAAGUACGAGGGCAUCGAAAUUGAUCUCUUGUUUGCUCGGUUGGCCCUUAAGGAAGUUCCUGACUCUGUUGACCUUAAAGAUGACAUAAUUCUCAAGAAUCUGGAUGAAAAGUGUGUACGAAGUCUCAAUGGGUGUCGAGUGACAGAUGAAAUCCUUCGGCAAGUUCCCAACAGAGAAAGUUUUCGGUUAGCGCUCAGAGCUAUCAAACUUUGGGCAAAACGCCAUGGUGUCUACAGCAAUGUGCUGGGCUAUCUAGGAGGUGUCUCAUGGGCCAUGUUGGUGGCUAGAACCUGUCAACUCUACCCCAAUGCCACAGCUUCAACUCUGGUUGAAAAGUUUUUUCUUGUCUUUUCAAAGUGGACAUGGCCAGCACCAGUUUACCUCAAGCAACCAUAUGAUGCAAAACUUGGGUUUAAGGUUUGGGAUCCACGGGUAAAUGUGCAAGAUAGAUUUCACUUGAUGCCUAUCAUCACACCAGCAUACCCCCAACAAAACUCCACAUUUAAUACUUCUCAAUCCACUCGAGCAGUGAUGGUAGAGGAGUUCAAAUCAGGUUUGCUGAUAACUGAGGAUAUUAUGCUGGGCAAGGCAACAUGGGACAAACUUUUCCAGCCUCCAAAUUUCUUCAUGAAAUACAGACACUACUUGGUUGUGCUCGCUGUGGCACGUACAGCAGAAGAUCACCUUGAGUGGUAUGGUCUUGUUGAAUCAAAAAUCAGACACUUGAUAUCUAGUCUGGAACACAACACAGCAAUUAAAACAGUACACAUCAACCCUGCGACUUUCAGCUGUCAAGUUGAGGAGUACCUUGGAAAACCUCAUUCAUCCUGGUUCUUGGGAGUAGAUUUUAACAAAUCUGAAAAUGUGAAUAUUGACUUAACCAAUGAUAUUAAUAAAUUUAUUAUUGCAGUGUAUAAACAGAGCACCUACAAUAAAGCUUACAAGGAUGGAAUGGAAGUAAACUGCAAGUAUGUCAAGCGAAAACAGCUUACAAACUACCUCUCUUUGGAAGACCUAGAAAAAUAUAAACCAAAGACAGAGAACCAGCCACAUCUAAUAGGACAGAAAAGGAAGUCAGACCCAAUUCCACCAGACUCCCCCAGCAGAGAAAGUCCAGAACCAGCAAAGAAGGCUAAAAUUGACUCUGAACUACCUCAGGCAAGUCUAAAUGGUGACGACUCAAAUACUUCUAUAGAUGAGGCUUACUCCAAUUCAUCACUACCAGGAUUAACUCCAGAAAUGAAUGCUAAUCAGAUGGCCUGCCAAGACAUCACAUCCCAAGCACAGUCUUCAUACACAAUAGUUCCUGAGAUGUUGCCUAAUCUUCACCAGCAUCCUGCUCUGCCACAUUACUCAUACCUUCCUCAAAAUGAUCCUGUCAUGAGUUGGUCCUCACCUCAUUGUAAUGAGUCAAAUCUUAAAGGCUAUCAAGUGUUGAACUCCCUGAUGUGACCACACCUGAACCACUUCAACUGGAUGUUUCUUCAGGCAGUUUUGCUAUUCAUUUCAAGUAAAACUGAAACAAGAAUUUUGCCUGGAAUUCCAGCUGUUGAAAUGUAGCUUUGUAGCAGCAAUGAUAUUAUGGAGGUUGUCACUGCAUCCUUGGUAAUAUGCUAGACCAAAUGAACACUGCAAGUUGUUGUCUUGCAAGAAUUGUCAUACUUGUUUUGUAUGUAGUGAAAGACAUAUAGACCAUACCUAAUCAUAUGUCAAAUUAAUUUAUUUUCUGUUAAAUAUACACAAAAAAUGGACAAGAUGUAUUUUGCUUAAAAUCAAAUUUUCUUGACUUAAAAGAGAUAUUUUGUGAAUUAUUUUUGUUCAUUGAAAUGAGUACUUGAAAUCAUAAAUAGAAGCAUUCCACUUAUAAAGUUGUGGAGUUUAAUUUUUACA